UCACUCUUCUUUUCUAAUCAAACUAACUUUCUCUCUUCCCUCUUCUUCUCUUUCUCUCUAACCAGAGAUCCAACUUCAAGUAUUGGAAAAGAGAGAAGAACAAAGAUGGAGGAAGAAGCACAGCAAGUGUGCAGAUGGGAAGGUUAUGUUGAUUGGAGGAAGAGACCUGCUCUGAGAGGCCGCCAUGGUGGCAUGCUUGCAGCAUCUUUUGUUUUGGUUGUGGAGAUAUUGGAGAACCUGGCAUACUUGGCAAAUGCAAGCAAUUUGGUGCUUUAUUUAUCAAAAUACAUGCACUUAUCUCCAUCAAAAUCUGCAAACAAUGUCACAAAUUUCAUGGGAACUGCCUUUCUUUUGGCUCUCCUUGGAGGCUUCCUAUCUGACGCUUUCUUGACGACUUAUCACAUCUACCUGAUAAGUGCAGCUAUUGAAUUUCUGGGCUUGGUUAUACUCACAGUGCAAGCUCGCUCUUCUUCUCUAAAGCCACCACCAUGUGGUCCGUCAACCCCCAACGUUCAAUGCAAAGAAGUUGAUGGCGGAAAAGCCGCAAUGUUGUUCAUUGGGCUGUAUCUUGUGGCGCUGGGCGUUGGAGGGAUUAAGGGCUCACUGCCUACACACGGGGCGGAGCAAUUCGAUGAAGCCACCCCACACGGAAGGAAGAAAAGAUCAACUUUUUUCAAUUACUUUGUGUUUUGUCUCGCCUGUGGUGCCCUCAUUGCAGUGACAUUAGUUGUGUGGAUUGAAGACAAUAAAGGAUGGGAAUGGGGAUUUGGAGUUUCCACCAUUGCAAUUUUGUUGUCAAUCCCUAUCUUCUUUGCUGGUUCAGCUUUUUACAAGAACAAGAUUCCUUCUGGCAGUCCACUCACCACCAUUUGCAAGGUUUUGAUUGCUGCAUUGAUCAACGUUUGUACAAGUAAAGCUCCAAGCAAUGCCAUCGCGAACCUCUGUGCAAGCCCUUCUAAUCAAAACCAAACUAGCAAGGGACCAGAAGAAGAAACUGCAAAAGCAAGGGAGUUGCCUCAAGCCCCAACAGAGACCCUCAGGUUCUUAAACAGAUCGCUUGUUAGCAAGCCAGUCCACACAGCACUAGAAUGCACGGUGAAGGAAGUAGAAGAAGUGAAAAUUGUGAUAAAAGUCCUCCCUAUAUUUGCUUGCACCAUCAUCCUCAACUGCUGCCUCGCUCAGCUCUCCACAUUUUCGGUCGAACAAGCUGCCACCAUGAACACUAAGAUUGGUUCCUUAAAAGUCCCACCAGCGUCCCUUCCAGUUUUUCCUGUACUCUUCAUCAUGAUCCUAGCACCAAUUUAUGACCAUUUCAUCAUCCCAUUUACUAGGAAAGCAAAAAAAUCCGAAAUGGGGAUUACUCACCUACAAAGAAUUGGAAUUGGUUUGUUUCUUUCCAUUGUAGCCAUGGCAGUGGCAGCUCUUGUUGAGAUUAAACGGAAGAGAGUCGCAACGAACUCGGGACUCGACUCAACUGGUCCAUUACCAAUCACAUUCUUGUGGAUUGCUUUUCAGUAUUUGUUCCUGGGGUCGGCUGAUCUUUUCACCUUAGCCGGCCUGCUAGAAUUUUUCUUCACGGAGGCACCCACAAGCAUGAGAUCUUUGGCAACAUCUCUGUCCUGGGCCUCUUUGGCCAUGGGAUAUUACUUGAGCUCAGCGAUUGUAUCAAUAGUUAACCAAGUCACUGACAUUUCGGGAAACGAACCGUGGCUCUCUGGUGGCAGCAUAAAUGAGUAUCACCUUGACAGAUUCUACUGGCUGAUGUGUGUGCUCAGUGGAUUGAAUUUCUUGAACUACCUUUUCUGGGCCACCCGGUAUAAAUACAGAUCAACAGGAGCAAAUCAGUAAAAUAAAGUUUGGAGCUAAACAGAAUUUAAAGAUGGUGGUUUCUUGAUCAAUCAUUUCUAAUAUUCAAAUUAGAAUUUCAAAUAUUUGAAUAUCGAAAAUGGUUGAUCAAGAAGGCACCAUCUUUAAAUUCAAAAUUUUGAUAUCUCAAGAUUUUGUUUAUCUCUAACAAAAGAUAUAGAGGGAUGUAGGUGAAAGGCUUUUAGGUAGCUUUUACCGUGAAUAUUCAUGGUGCCGGAAAAUUAACUCUGCGGUUGUAUAUAUGAGCCGGCUACUUGCCAAUACAGAGGAGAUACCGGAGAUUAGGUGAUUAUACCAGAGCCAGCGAAGAAACUGUCUUCUGCUUAUCUUGUAAUACUGGUUCUGAUUCUCUUGUUAAUUAGUUACAGUUAAAACAGAAAUUGAUAAUGGUGUUGUUAAAUACCAAUUUGACAAA